AUGAGUCAUACCGGUCCAAAUAACUCAAACGCAAGCCAAAACAAUGACCCAUUAUUAGCCAACUUGAAUGCGUUUAAAAAUAAAGUGAAAUCAGCACCAGUGAUCUCCAGACCUAGACCCACAGCAGCAGCAGCAGGAACAGUAGUAGGAGGUAGUACAAACAAUAUUACCUCACCACUAAGGAAAGCACUCCAUGAUAAGAAACGAUCUAUAGAGUUACGAGAACAAGAGGAGCGUGAAAGAAGUAGUGGAGCAUCAAGAACUAACACACCUGGUACUGAACCCGAAGUACUUGAGAUUGAUUCGUCUUCUGAUAAUGAAGGAAUGAAUGGUAAUGGUAAGGUAAAAAGUGAGCAUACUGAUAGUACUGGAUCUCCACCACCAAGGAAAAAGGUAAAGAAGGAAGAGGGAGAUGUUAUAGUGGAUGGGGAAACUGAGAAAAGUGAUAUAACGAGAAGCGUCACGGGAACUCCAAUUAUUGAUCUUAAUGGUGAUAGUGAUGAUGAUGAAGUUAAAGAAGUUAGACCUGGAUCUAUUGCAGCACAUGCAUUGCAAGCGAAUCAGUCCAAUAUUUCAAAGAGUCAUGAUUCUUCUAAAUUAUUAUGGGCUACUGAAUAUAUUCAAAAAAAGGGUAAACCUGUGGCUAUGAAUGAACUAAUGGAUUAUCUUUCUUUAAAACCGAAUGAUAAAGUUAUAGAAUUAUUGAAGAAAUUAGAAAAGAUAUCGUUUGACCCGAAGAAAAAUGCAUUCAAAUAUGUUUCCACAUAUGAUGUUCAUAGUGAAGGGGAGCUGAUCAAAUUAUUAAGGUCCCAAGUCACAUUCAAAGGUAUAUCAUGUAAGGAAUUGAAAGAUGGUUGGCCGCAAUGUGAUGAGACUAUCAAUGAAUUAGAAGAAGAAUCUAAGAUAUUGGUAUUAAGAACAAAGAAAGAUAGAACGCCAAGAUAUGUUUGGUAUAAUAAUGGUGGAGAUUUACAUCGAAUUGAUGAAGAAUUUAUCAAGAUGUGGGAGAAUGUUCAAUUACCACAAUUUUCAGAAUUACCAAGAAAAUUACAAGAUCUUGGUUUGAAACCUGCAAGUGUUGAUCCUGCCACGAUUAAGAGACAAACAAGAGUUGAAGUUAAGAAGAAGAAACAAAGAAGAGGUAAGAUUACCAAUACACAUAUGGCUGGUAUAUUAAAAGAUUUCUCCCAUCGUGUAUAG